AUGCAAACCUUUUCUACAGUUUCCUUAAACCUCGGAAGUGCGAAGUACCAUAAUAAAUCCCUACGUUAGCGACUUAACAAAUGUGAGGGAUUUUGGCAUAUCACUAUCACGUGCUUUGGUUGUAACAUGAAUUCUUUUCUUGGAAACUGAAUGUUUGUUUGCCUUUUUUUCCUGUCAAAAUUCCAUGGUUUUUGAAUCUGAUUGAUCAUAAAAUCCAGAGGGUUCCACAAAUUUUGCUAUUCUCAUUUUUUCCCUUUAAAGAUUUUCUAGCUGGCAUAAAUGCUGAAAACAGCAGAUUUCAUUAAUUAAGCUAUAGAGCCUUGUUGUUUAGCCAACAUUUUCCACUCGUCUUUUCCAAUUGAUUGUGGCCCAGAAUGUUUUUCUCCAGGCCAGAAUCAAGAACGGAGAGAAAAGGGUUGGAAAUGCAAAACUCUCAGCGCCAUUGAACAACCUUUCUGGGUUUUGGUUGAUCAGUUUUGUUCCAUUUGAAGACAAUCGGGUGUAGGAAUCGACAGGCCAAAACGGGUAAUUUCAGAGGUGGGGUGGAGUGUGGGGCUGCUCACUGAGUGCUGUCCACAUUCAGAAAACGGCGUUUAAAGAGUUUUUUAGUCCUCAAAAUUGCCGAGACGUUAAGUUGAAGAGCCAGUGAAAAAGGGAAAGAUGGAUACUCAAAGUUUGUCGUAUUCACAUCCUCGUACUUCGCCAUACAAGGUGGGCGUUCCUCCGAAGCAGAAAUUCUGGAAGGAAUUCACAACAUCAUUGAAAGAAACAUUCUUAUCCGAUGACCCUCUUCGCCCUUUUAAGGAUCAGCCGGUUCCUCGCAAGUUCAUCCUAGGAGUGCAGGCUGUUUUUCCGAUCCUUGAAUGGGGUAGAAACUACAAUCUCUCUAAGUUCAAAGGUGAUUUAAUUGCGGGACUCACCAUCGCCAGUCUCUGCAUUCCUCAGGAUAUCGGCUACGCCAAACUUGCAAAUUUGGCUCCACAAUACGGUUUAUAUUCAAGCUUUGUUCCGCCUUUGGUUUAUGCCUUGAUGGGUAGCUCAAGAGAUAUAGCCAUUGGACCUGUUGCUGUUGUGUCCCUAUUGCUCGGGACUCUGCUGCGGGAUGAAAUUGAUCCUGUCAAGAACCCUGUUGAGUACCGUAGGCUUGCAUUUACUGCAACUUUUUUCGCUGGAAUAACACAAGCUGCUCUUGGCAUUCUUAGAUUGGGAUUUUUGAUAGACUUCCUAUCACACGCCGCUAUUGUCGGCUUCAUGGGCGGUGCUGCGAUAACAAUUGCACUCCAACAGCUCAAGGGGUUCUUAGGCAUAAAAAAAUUUACUAAGAACACUGAUAUCAUAUCAGUCCUUCAGUCUGUAUUUAGCUCAGCCCAUCAUGGAUGGAACUGGCUGACGAUUCUCAUUGGAGCAGCUUUUCUGGUGUUUCUUCUUGCAGCUAAAUACAUUGGGAAGAGAAACAGAAAAUUCUUUUGGGUACCUGCCAUUGCUCCACUGAUCUCCGUCAUUCUAUCAACCUUCUUGGUCUACAUCACCCACGCAGACAAGAGAGGAGUAGACAUUGUAAAACAUAUAGAAAAAGGAAUAAAUCACCCAUCUGUCAAAGAUAUAUAUUUUACUGGGGAUUAUCUCUUGAAAGGCGUUAGAAUCGGCAUAGUGGCUGGCAUGGUUGCAUUGACGGAAGCCGUUGCGAUUGGAAGAACAUUUGCAGCCAUGAAGGACUAUCAGAUAGAUGGAAACAAAGAAAUGAUUGCUCUCGGAGCAAUGAACAUUGCUGGUUCGUUGACGUCUUGCUAUGUCGCUACAGGUUCCUUCUCCCGGUCGGCAGUGAAUUUCAUGGCCGGAUGCCAAACCGCAGUAUCCAACAUCGUUAUGUCGAUCGUAGUACUUCUGACAUUACUAUUCAUCACACCUCUUUUUGAGUAUACCCCGAACGCCAUCCUCUCUUCCAUCAUUAUCUCCGCAGUCAUUGGCCUGAUCGACUUCGACGCUGCAAUUCUCAUUUGGAAGAUCGACAAAUUUGAUUUUGUCGCUUGCAUCGGAGCCUUUUUCGGUGUCGUUUUCGUCUCGGUCGAGAUUGGCCUCUUGAUUGCUGUAUCAAUAUCUUUCGCUAAGUUACUCUUACAAGUGACGAGACCAAGAACAGCCCUUCUUGGAAAAAUUCCAAGGACGAACGUCUAUCGCAAUAUCCAACAGUAUCCAGAGGCAACUAAGGUGCCAGGAGUUCUAAUAAUAAGAGUUGAUUCUGCUAUUUACUUCUCAAACUCCAACUACAUUAGGGAGAGGCUACUAAGAUGGCUAACAGACGAGGAUGAGAAACUGAAGUCGGGCGGCCUUCCAAGAAUUCAAUUUUUGGUCGUUGAAAUGUCACCCGUUACUGACAUCGACACAAGUGGCAUCCACGCCUUGGAAGAACUGUUCAAAAGUCUUGAAAAGAGACAUGUUCAGCUCAUUCUGGCGAAUCCCGGACCAGUCGUGAUGCACAAGUUACACGCUUCAAAGUUUGCCAACUUAAUUGGCGAAGACAAGAUCUUUCUGACCGUUGCAGAAGCCAUCGAAACGUGUUCACCCAAGUUUGCUGAAGAGGACUGAAGACUUCAACUCUUGUACAAGGUAAAAGAAGGUUGUAACUUAGAAGAAUCAAACGGCAUAUAUUUGUUUGUGUAUCUAUAUACAUAUUUAUGUACGUGCAACGCUUGCUGAAAUUACACAUAAAUGCACGUAUGCGGACACAUUUGUUGGUGUUAUCUUGGAUGAACCAGCUUGUGAUCCUAUGUUCGAUUUGGAGCAUGGUUUAAAAUGUUCAUACAUUUCUUCCGGAACUAUGGAAACGAAACUAGACAGUUUUUGAAAAAAAUAAAAAAUAAAAAAAAAUUUAGGGACGUCAGACCAAACAUCUAAGAGCACAUAGUGAUCGCAACUAAUUGUAAACCAAGUAAUUUGACAAGUUCAAUAAGUUCCUUGGUUAGACAAUGACGAAGCAAACCAAUUGGCCAAACUAGCCAGCUCACUAACCACGAUAAAAGAUGGGAGUACAAUCUUGCUAGCACAAGAACGUCUGAAGAUAGAAUAAGCAACAAAAGAAGUCAUGGUGGCACAACCAAACCAUGCUAGAAAGACAUGAUAGAGGCAACUUGACAUAGGGUCACUACCCUAGGAUAAGGAGUACGCACCUGAGUUGUUUGUUUCACCAUAAUAGGAGAAGAGUUAUACAAAAGAGGGUUCUCGCAGCCCUACUUGAACUGUCUAGAUCGUGAAAAGGCAAAGAUAGGUCCUGAGGGAAGUCCGCAAAAGAAGUUGUGGAAAUCACUCAAGAGCAAGAUCGCUAGCAGAAAAAGUCCUACGACAAGGAUACUUUUGGCCCUCGAAAGGAAAGGACACCCUAGAUAGGGUAAAAAGGUGUAAGAAGUGUCAAGAACAUGCAAACAUCAUAUAUGCUUCGACCAUGUAAAUGUGACCAAUCCCAAGCCUUUGCCUAUUUCAUCAAUAGGGGCUAGACCUCGUAGGCAAGUUACCUUGAGCAAUAGGGAAGAGAGAAUACUUGAUAGUGGUUAUCGAUCAUUUCUAAAAAUGGGUCAACAUGGAGCCACUCAACAAGAUCACAGAAAAAUGGUCAUAAAACUUCUAUGGAAAAAUAAAACAUAUCGAUUCGACAUUCCAAGAGGCUUCUUGACAGACAACGGCACAUCAUUUCAGGGAGGAAAGUUCAGGCAAUAGUGCCACAAAUUAAAGAUCAAGCUAUAUUUCACAUCUAUACGAACGUUGUAGUCUAACACAUAAACAAAAGUAACAAACAGAACCAUAUUGCCGCAUUUGAAGACUCAUUUAGAUGAGCCAAGGGAAUUUGGGUGGGUCCAAACUCCUGGGGGUCUAUGUGCAUAUAGGAUUACACCCCGAAAAGGUAUAAGAGAGUUGGCGUUCAACUUGGUAUAUGGCACAGAAAACUAUUAUCCCCAUUGAAAUUGGUCGAAGAAACUUUGCGGGUCUAAUGAUAAGAGCACCCUCAACAGGUGGCUCAUCCACAACUUCCAUUUCCCCUUCCUCGGCGACAUCCUCAUCGGUCACCUUGAAAUCAAAGGAACAUGAAACCACACCUACAAAAUGACCACACUCCAUCAGCUUAGAGCAGCAUUGCCUAAUAGCUGGUUGUACAUGUCGUUCGCCCUCACCACCACGACACCUUCAAACUUCUUGGAAUCCUCAUACUUCUCUUUGAAGUUACUUUGAACAUAUUCCAAAUAAAGUUUUCCAGCCUCUGACUUGAACAAGCCCUGGUUGAAAGUGACCCUGCAAUUGUAGUGAUCCUUCCAUUUGCUUUGACCCUCAGUUGCUUCCUUGAGUUGCUCCUAAUAAUGAGCAAGCUCCUUCUUUUCCUCUUCAAGAGCGGCCCCUGACCGCUUCAACUCCUUAUCAAAAACUCAUAGCAUUGAUCAACAAUCUCUAUUAAGGUGGAAAUCUAAGAACACAAAAAGAAGGGGGUCACAAAAUGAAGAGAUUCCAUCAGGAGAAAAAGAAAAGGAACUCACCUCAGCAGACUCGCCACACAAAAGACGAGUAACAGUGUGAUUAGAAAGAGAGCUAAAAUGAGCAAUGUCAUAAUCACUCACAAAGCUUCGCGGCCUCUCAUAUGCAAGAUGAAAGUUCGAGGUAUCCCGAAUGAAGCAACUCCUUCAUGACGAUUAAUAUCAAAAGAAAAUAGCCCAUUUCCCACUUCGUGUCGCAAAGCAUCAGACGCCUCAAAUUUACGGGGCCUCCUAAUCGACCCAGAUGGCGAGACGUGACCAUCUUUUCCAAACCCCCCUUGGCCAUGAUGUCCUAGGGAGGAAGCGAAGGAAGAGGAGGUGAACGAUGCCUCUCACUUUCUUUCCUCGAUGCAGGGGGACAACGAGCCCUCUCGUUGUGGUCACGCACGCGCAAGCUCAUGUUCAGCUUUAGAGUGCUAAAUGUCCUAUAGUGAAACCUUCUACCCUAAAACAAAAAAACAAAAAAAAAAAAGCGAAGGAAAGUAGAAAA